GUCACCGGUUGGCCGUGACGUCAUCCCGCUGGGCUGUUUACGUUCCUCGUUAUGAAUAAAGUUUGUCCCCGUGCUCCUGUGAAUCAUGAUAGCGAGUGUGAUGUUGUACGGGCUCUAUCCGCUCUCGAGGUUCAUCGGUAGACUCGCAGGAUUGUGGCGCAAGGCACCGUGUGUGUAUGUUAAUGGGAAAGAGGUGUGGGAUGGUGGCGGCGCUGUUUCUGGACCGCAGCAGACGGGCCUGUCCCUGCAGUGGCUCAGCGCUGGAGACACCGACACCGGUCCCGAUCCAGACCACACGGACACGGAGAGUCCUCAGGGAGCGCUGGAGGUCUUAAACUCCGAUUUGAAAACCCUGCAGAUCUCCUGCAUGGACACGUGUGUGAACGAGGGAAGCGCAGACGAUGGGAAAGCGGCUUUGGGGCUGGAGGAAGAAACUGAUGACCGUGACCCCGUGAUGAACGAGUCUGUGUUUACCAGAACUGAGUGUGAGCGUCGGUCUGACAUGGACCAACACGGCUGUGAUGAGCGUAUGAUGGACUCCCCCGUGUCUGACAUGUUCCUGGGCUCUGGCUCUGGACGCGAGGCUCUUGUCCACGCCGGCAGCGGCAGCGCAGUGUUUGACCUGGCGGCUCUGCUGGCAGACUCUCAGACGGCAGCGGAUCCCCUCGGCUGGCACUUCCCCUCCGGCCUCGGCCUGUCUCAGACGUGUUAUUGCCCAUACGUGCAGUUCCCUGCCGGCAGCUACUAUCCUGCCUUUCAACACAGUGACAGUAUCGAAGUGACGUGGCGAGUGUGGGAGGAGUUCAGCGAAUCUGCCUGUGUGGACGCGGCUGAUGCCUUUGACUUCAGCGUCAUGUCCUACAAUAUCCUGGCCCAGGAUCUGCUGGAAGCGAACCCCGAUCUGUACACACACUGCCCGGAGGAAGUGUUGGCGUGGGACGUCCGGCUCCGGGCCAUCCUGAAGGAGCUGCAGACCUGGCAACCUGACAUUAUUUGUCUUCAAGAAGUUCAAGAAGACCACUUUCAUCAGCAGAUGUGUCCUGUCCUGACUGAGAUGGGUUACUCCUGCAUCUACAAACGACGCACCGGACCCAAGACGGACGGCUGUGCGGUGUGCUAUCGCAGCGAGCGCUUCACCCAGCUCUCCGUGCGGCUGCUGGAGUUUCGGCGGCCCGACUGCGAGCUGCUGGAUCGGGACAACGUGGCCAUCGUGCUCCUCCUCCAGCCGCGGUCAGCGCUCAGCCCCGUGUGUGUGGCCAACACACACCUGCUGUUCAACCCCCGCAGAGGAGACGUGAAGCUGGCGCAGCUGGCCAUCGUGCUCGCGGAGAUCGACGUCAUGGUCCAGAACUGCAGGAGUGCGGGAAGGCGCUGUGAGGUGGUCUUCUGUGGGGACUUGAACGCUUUACCCAGCAGCCCUCUGUGGAGGUUCAUCAGCAGCGGACAGCUCUACUACUACGGGUUACCCGCCUGGAUGGUUUCAGGACAGACGGAUUUGUCACAUAGAGUCCAUCACGCAAGGCUUUUCGCCCCCUUGUGGCCCAGCAGCCUCGGAGUCACUGACCGCUGUCAGUACAAGUCUGAAUCGCAGACCGCAGCUUCAGGUAUUUUCCCAGUGGAUAAUCGGCGGUACAGCCACGAGUCGAUGCUAAAGCUGCGUUACUGUCCGGCGGCGUGUGUGCGGCCCGCGGACCUGGAGCUCAUACCAGGGGUCACCGACAAAACACCAGACCCAGAAGACAUGGACAUGUUCAGUAGAAGGUUCGGGCACACGUUACAUCACUCGCUGAGCCUGACGUCGGCUUACAGUGAGGUGCGUCCCGACACACACACGCCUGCGGUCUCCACACUAAACUCAGACGGGGCGGCCAUGGUGGACUACAUCUUCUACUCCACCCGGAGGAGCGGGUCUGCUGGAGAGGAAGAGAGCGCUGGCGGUUUGCAGAUGUUGGGUCGUCUGUCUCUGCUGUCGGAGGCUGAUCUCUGGUCUAUGAAGGGUCUUCCCAACCACACCUUCCCGUCCGAUCACCUCAGUCUGCUGGUGAAGCUCCGGCUGUCCCACUCUGACAGUCAUCGAGUGUAAGGACUGUUUGUCUUUAUCGCUCUAAUUGGAUUGUAAAUGGAAGAAAUGUAUUUUUGGUCAGAUGGAUAUCUUGUUUUCUAUUCAGUAACAGAACGUGUGAAUAUUCUCCAGCAUGGCAUUUGAUGAUGCACCGUUUACGGUUCCAGUUGUUGAAAUCAAAAUGCACUUGCAUUUAUGACACACUUUUUGUAUUUCUUUUGUUUUGGUUUUGAAUAUCUAUUUUGAACAGACCUAAAUAAAUAACUGCAAGUGCU